GCAGUUUCGGUGGAGGAACAAUAGAUAUACCAUUGAGAACUUUUACAGCAUAUGAGCACCGGUGUGGACGAUGGAACAGCGCCAGACGUUGGAGGUGAUGACCUUGCUGCAGGCGGCACCUCGGAUGUUGAAGCCGACAUCAACGUCCCCUGGUCGUCCGAGGACGACGCCAACCAGGGAUCAGAAGGCAAGAAUGAUGACGAAGGCGAGGAAAGUGCCUUUGCAGCCCUCGACGAAGAACAAAACGAUGACAGCGAUGGUGACGAAGCUGAAGAAGUCCAAGGGGACGCUAGCGGGGACAAGGCGACAACGCCUCCAGGGUUCCCUGAAGUGAACGAUCUCGUCGAGGAAUCAAACCGUCUAUUGCCACAACACAUGCAGCCAACAAGCGACGCCCCUCUGUUGAGCAUAUCCAUGGACCAAGUCGAUGAGGUUGCGGACGAUGAGCGUCCCCGAAGCAAGUCGGCAAAGCAACCUCGGGCGAAGGACAAACCAAUCGAUAAGACGACGAAGCACGAUGAAACCCAUCCAACGAAACAAGACAAAGCCACUAGAACGACGAGGACGUCCGGGGCAACCAAGGACGGAUCGCCCCCGCGCGACGGGCUCUUCAAGAAGGAGCGCGACAUGCUCGCGUUGAAUAUGAAGAAACUGCGAGCGAUUGCACGAAAGGCCCCCGUCCAAGUUCGGAUAUGGACCGAGCCUCGUAAAGUCAAGUCGCCCAUGGACAAGUAUGUAUGUGCCGCUGCCGAAGCAGCGACAUCUUCUGGGCAUCAAUCAAGAACGACCUUGUUCGAGUCCACCACUUGGUUAAAGUCGAAGGCGUAUCGGUCCACACAACGUUGGAUCCGUGGAUGGGCUGCCAAAGGAGGGGCAACGACCACUAUCGAGUACUUGGUCGAAUGCGGAGCGGAUGUACACAAGAGGGAUGACAACGGGAGCAUGCCAUUGUACGCAGAGCAUGCGUUCUCGCUUUCUAAAUCGGGGGUUGAUGUUCAAACGAUAGGCAUUUGGCUUGCUGGGCCGGACACACGGAAGCAGCGAUGGCCCUGCUUCGCGCUGGAGACCUCAAGGACCUGCUGGUCGCAGAUUACGACGUACAGCGAUCAUCUCUUCCAAGCUUAUCGUUGGAUGUAGGCGAAUUUAAACGCGCUCGAGUGGGCUGGAGUUCGACAGCACACAGAAUGCAUUGCGGCAUUGAACAAAGUAAGCGUGUGACAGUGUUCACUACCUCGCUGCACCAACUCGUGUAGUUCUGCGACAGUGUGUGGCUGCCUCUGUUUGUCGCCGACUUGAUUUGGAAAAUUGUGUCGAAAACCAAGAUGCGCACGGCCCUAGAGAAGCAGCGAGAAGACCAAAUCGCAUCGGAGCGGGCCGAGCUCAAGCGGCUGCAGCAGCUGGCCGAGCAAGCCAAGCAGGCAGCUCAAAUAGGGCAAGCGGUGGUGUUAGAUGGAAGCGAUGCAGCAAAAAUCACGUUUUCUGCCGCCACCAUGGACGCAAAGUCGUAAUGCGUACAGUACUGAAGUACUACUAAGUACUAUUAAUACGUAUUAUACACGAUUUACGAAACAAACACGAAACUAAAUGUA